GACGCCCCCGAAGGAGAGAGAUUGUCCAUCCACCGCAGUAGUUGGGGAGCAGGCAGAUCCAAACCCAAGCCUCUCUCUCUCUCUCUCUCUGUUUUUGGCCUUCUAAGUUUUCGACUUUAUAAACCCAUCAUCCCGAGGUGUUUGCUUGCGCCCCCUCGCUUCUCGGACGACGCUACAGACGCUAUUAACGGCAGCAGAGAGAGCUCCGAAGAGAAGAAGAGAUGAAGGUGAUAGAGAAGAUCCGGGCGGCGGUGGAGGGGGAUGGCCGGACGGUGUUCUCCUUCGAGUAUUUCCCCCCGAAGACGGAGGAAGGGGUGGAGAACCUCUUCGAGCGCAUGGACCGCAUGGUCGCCCACAACCCCGCCUUCUGCGACAUUACGUGGGGCGCCGGCGGCUCCACCGCCGAUCUUACCCUCGAAAUCGCCAACCGCAUGCAGAACAUGAUCUGCGUGGAAACAAUGAUGCAUUUGACUUGCACCAACAUGCCGGUGGAGAAGAUUGACCAUGCCCUAGACACCAUCAAGACGAAUGGGAUUCAGAAUGUUUUGGCUCUAAGAGGGGAUCCUCCUCAUGGUCAGGAUAAGUUUGUUCAGGUUGCUGGUGGAUUUGCCUGUGCCCUUGAUCUGGUGCAGCACAUUCGAUCCAAGUAUGGUGACUACUUUGGCAUAACUGUUGCUGGCUAUCCAGAGGCACACCCCGACAUGAUACAAGGUGAAGGAGGUGCUACAUUAGAAGCCUACAGCAACGAUCUUGCUUAUUUGAAGAGAAAGGUGGAUGCUGGUGCAGAUUUUAUUAUCACCCAGUUGUUUUAUGACACUGACAUAUUUCUGAAGUUUGUGAAUGAUUGCCGUCAAAUUGGGAUAACUUGUCCCAUAGUUCCUGGUAUAAUGCCAAUUAACAACUAUAAGGGCUUCUUGCGUAUGACUGGUUUUUGUAAAACUAGGAUACCACCUGAGAUUACAGCUGCCCUGGAGCCUAUUAAAGAAAAUGAAGAGGCUGUCAAGGCAUAUGGAAUCCACCUUGGAACUGAGAUGUGCAAGAAGAUUUUAGCUCAUGGGAUCAAGACAUUGCAUCUUUACACACUAAACAUGGAGAAGUCCGCGUUGGCCAUAUUAAUGAACCUUGGAUUAAUUGAGGAAUCUAAGAUUUCAAGGUCCUUACCAUGGAGGCGACCAACAAAUGUUUUUCGUGCUAAAGAAGAUGUUCGACCUAUCUUUUGGGCUAAUCGUCCAAAAAGCUACAUUGCAAGGACUCUUGGUUGGGAACAGUACCCACAUGGGAGGUGGGGAGAUUCUCGUAACCCAUCAUAUGGAGCCCUUACAGACUAUCAGUUUAUGCGCCCACGAGCACGGGACAAGAAACUUCAAGAGGAAUGGGCAAUCCCAUUGAAAUCUCUGAAUGACAUCAAAGAGAGGUUCAUGAACUUCUGCCUGGGAAAACUUAGAAGUAGCCCAUGGUCAGAGCUAGAUGGGCUUCAGCCAGAGACAAAGAUAAUUGAUGAACAUCUCGGAGAAAUCAUCUUAAAAGGUUUUCUCACCAUCAAUAGCCAACCUGCAAUUAAUGGAGAGAAAUCCGAUUCUCCCACUGUUGGGUGGGGUGGACCAGGGGGAUACGUCUAUCAGAAGGCUUAUCUUGAAUUCUUCUGUUCAAAAGAGAAGUUAAAUUUACUGAUUGAAAAGUGCAAGGGAUUUCCAUCUCUCACAUAUGUUGCUGUGAACAGAGAAGGGGAAUGUCUCUCCAAUAUUGCCCCAAAUGCUGUCAAUGCAGUGACAUGGGGUGUUUUCCCUGGCAAAGAGAUCGUCCAACCAACUGUUGUUGAUCCUGCAAGCUUCAUGGUUUGGAAGGAUGAGGCAUUUGAGAUCUGGACAAAAGGAUGGGCAUGCUUGUUUCCUGACGGUGACCCAUCAAGCGAAUUAUUAGAGCAGGUGCAGAGAAAUUACUUUUUGGUUAGUCUUGUUGACAAUGAUUAUGUUCAUGGAGAUCUGUUUGCUGCUUUCAAGGAUAUAUGAACUAGGACAAUUCUUUUACUCGAGGCCCAGCAACUUCCUUCAGUUACCAUGUUGCGUUACAGUUAUAACAGAUCGAAAGGCAGUUUGAAUGCCUGAAAUCACCCUUACCGUUUGGGUUUGAAUAUCCGGUUUUCUUCUGCAAAUGGAAUGAAUUGAAUUUUCGAGAACUUACAAGUUCAUGUCAGUCAUGCUGUUUAAUUCAUUAAUAAAUUCAAUGAGCAGAUAAGCUCACGUUUGCUUCUUUGGUCUCU